AUGACAGCGAGCACGCUCGACGCGGCGACGGCGUCGAUGCCGGAGACGUCGCGAAACGUCGUGAACAUGAUCACCGAGAUUCUGAUGCUCCGGCAAGACCGCGAGGCGACGACGACGCGCUCGAGAGAGCUACGCGACGGCGACUGGGCGCUCACCGAGUGCCUGCGAGAGUUGGACGUCAACGCGAAGCGGCAGUGGGUCCUCGAGAUGCUGCGAUGGGAGCUCGGCCCGGUGACGCCCCACGGCGUCCCCGUCCCCGGGUUCGCGGACCGCAUCAACCUCGUCUGCGACCGAGCGUCGCCGCUCGAAGACCUCUGCAUGCACUGCACGCCGCCGCGGUCGACGGGCGGCGCCGGAGGGUUCACCGCCAAACCCGCCGGAGGCGUCCACAUCGCGUUCAAGGACGAAGCCGGGCAGGGCGCCGCGGUACGACGCGAGUGGAUGUCCAUCGUGUCCGCCGCCGCGUGCGACCGGAAUUGCCUUCUCUUCACCUCGAACGACGGAGGCGUGACGCUUCACCCGAACCCGAUGAGCGGCGAGGUGACGCCCGAGCACUUGUCGUAUUUUUACGCGCUCGGGAGACUCGCCGCCGUCGCGUUGUACCACGGCGAGACGAUGCCGCUGCGGCUCACGCCCGCGUUUUGCUCGCGUCUGCUCGGGCACGCGAUGACGAUAGACGACUUGCGCUCCGUGGACCCGACGCUUCACAAGAACAUGGUCGAGUACGUCCGCGAGCACGGCGUGCGCGGCCUCGACCUCGCUUGGGAUGACGCGAAGGAUCCGACGGGGAUUUUCUACCCCGGCGAACGCGUCCCGCUGAGGUCGGACAAAGACGACGCUGCUGACAAAGACAAAGACGAGGCCGUGACCGAAGCCGACGCGGAGGCGUACCUCCGCGCGCUCGUCGCGCGAAGAGUCAUCGGGUCCGUGAGGGACCAGACCGAGGCGUUCGCCGCCGGGUUCGGCAGCGUCGUCCCGCCGCCGCUGCAGGCGCGAAUGAAAGCCGUCUUGCGCGGCGAGGACCUGAGCGUCCUCAUCGCCGGCGCGCCCGCGGUGUGCUUGGAGGAUUGGAAGCGACAUUCGGCGUACUCCGAGGCGUCGCUCGCGGCCGGGUUCAGCGUCGCGUGUUUCUGGGCCGCGCUGCGCGACCUUACGGAGCGCGAGCGGGUCAUGGUGCUGCAGUUCGCGACCGGGUUGACGUCGCCGCCGGCUGGGGGCUUUCGAAACCUCGUCGGGUACAUGGGCGACGCAGUGCCCUUCACGUUGGGGGAGCUGCCGCCGCAGCGGAGGGACGAGCCGGGGGCGCUGCCCAUGGCGCACGCGUGCUUUAACGUGUUGCGGCUGCCGCGUUUGAAAGAGAGCGAGUAUCCGGACGGCGUGGUCGGCGGCGCGAAGGAGCUCGGGCGAAGGCUGCGGAUCGCGAUCGAGUGCGGGACGCGAGGCUUCGACGACUUUUAGCGGGCCACACGGGACCCCCACGAUUGAAAUUACAACACCAGAUAGUC